AGCAAUGAGACUGGGACUGAAGGAGAGCCCGCCGGCGUACCUGUCGCUCGCGCCACGCCCCACCGCCCUGCUCCUCAGCGCUCUCGCCACAGGCGUGAGCUAUGCUUCUGCCGGAGCAGGCAUCCUGGACUCAACCAACGCGGGGAACAAUAUCCCACUGUCGAAGCAGGUGCGGUACAUGGAGUCAACCAAGGCCGCCAUGGAGGCCAGGGUGGGCAAAGCCGCGGCGCGCCUCCUGCUCUCGAGGUCCUUCUUCCUCUUCAGCGUCGGCAGCAACGACAUCUCCGUGUUCGCGGCCGCGCCGGGCGACGUCGCCGCGCUCUACGCCAAACUCAUCUCCGGCUACUCCGCGGCCAUCACGGACCUGUACGGCAUGGGCGCGAGGAAGUUCGGGAUCAUCAACGUGGGGCUUCUGGGCUGCGUGCCGCUGGCGCGGGCGCUCAGCGCGACUGGCGCGUGCAACGACGGGCUCAACCAGCUGUCGGCCGGCUUCAACGACAAGCUCAGGUCCCUCAUGGCCGGCCUCGCCGCCCGGCUGCCGGGCCUCGACUACUCCCUCGCCGACAACUACAACCUCUCGCAAGUCACCUUCGCCAACCCGGCGGCAUCCGGGUACGUGAGCAUAGACAGCGCGUGCUGCGGGAGCGGGAGGAUGGGGGCGGAGAGCGACUGCCUGCCUAACUCGACGACGUGUGCCGACCACGACCGCUUCGUCUUCUGGGACCGCGGGCAUCCCUCGCAGCGCGCCGGAGAGCUCAGCGCCGCCGCCUACUUCGACGGAGCGGCAGGGUUCACCGCGCCCAUCAGCUUCGACCAGCUAGCUGGCCCAGAAGAUUUAGCUAGCUAGCUAGGUCCGCACUCCACAAGCGCGCAUGCUCCUCUACUCGUGCACGUCGCGUUCAUCUACUUAUUUUUUUACAGAUAUAUACAGUAUAAAAGCUACUGGUAGAUUAAUAAUUAGCCGUGCAACAAAGUAAUUCAGAGUGUCUGAAUGCGAAAUGUCACUCUGAAAUACUGUUUAAAAUACAGUUUAAAAUACUUAUGCGAAAAAUGAGUUCGACGAAGCUGGCCCUAGUUGUGACGUUUCGCAGGAAAUAAUAAACAAUACUCGUCAACGU